CUCUUUUACCUGUAUCCGUUUUUCAUUUACUACCCCUUUUACCGUCGUUGCCUCUCUUGUUAUUGUCGUUCCCUUCCACCAACUACUACACUGAUGAUGAUCAGCUGAAGUCUUCUAAUUCAUGAACCCAAGAUAACUACUCCUGGUCUGGCCCCUAGUAAUGCGAGUUUAAUUGAAUGAAUCGCAUUGAAAACGCAAGAUUUUCACUCUUUUUUAACCAUUCUUGGUUUCUGUCCCUGCUCAUCAAACCCAAAGCCACCUUAAGUUUCUUUUCAGGUCUCACUCCGCUCAACUCUUCCUAUUUGUUUUGCAUCUGAACUCUGAACCCCCAAUCCAGGAACCCUAACUCCCUUUUCGUCCACUGUGCAAAAUUAAGGCAAGAAAAUUUAGGAAGCCCAAGUGCUAGUAAGGUUCAUUUUUGUAUCUUUGAAUGUGAUGGGAGGCUCGGUAGACCAUAGUUCAGGAGAAGAUACUGAUAUAAGUGAAUCUGAAAUUGAAGAGUAUGAAGACAAAUCAUAUCAAGCAUUAAAGAGUGGAAAAAAGGAAGUUAAGGUAUCUGAUGGGGCUUUCACUUGCCCUUACUGCCCAAAGAAAAGAAAAGCAGAUUUCCUUUACAAGGACAUAUUGCAACACGCGAGUGGGGUUGGGAGUUCUACUUCAAAGAAGCGAAGUGCACGAGACAAAGCAAAUCAUCUUGCGUUGGCAAAAUACUUGGAGAAGGAUAUGUCAGUCACUGCUGGUCCAUCACAGGCUACAGUCGAGGUGGAUCCCCUAGCAGAUCAUGAUCGUGAUGAGAUGUUUGUGUGGCCCUGGAUUGGCAUUGUUGUUAAUCUUGCUACUGACUUCAAGGAUGGGCGCUAUGUGGGUAAAAGUGGUUCCAAUCUUAGGGAUGAGUUGACAAGCAGGGGUUUCAAUCCUACUAGAGUGCGCCCUUUGUGGAAUUACCAGGGCCAUUCAGGCACUGCUCUUGUGGAAUUUACCAAAGAUUGGUUUGGAUUUAAAAAUGCCAUGUCAUUUGAGAAAGCAUACGAGGCUGAUCGUCAUGGAAAGAGAGAUUGGAUGGCUAAUAAUACUCAAAAGUCUGAUCUUUAUGCUUGGGUUGCUCGUGUGGAUGACUACAAGUCUGAUGGCAUCAUUGGAGAGAACCUUCGUAAGAUUGGAGACAUUAGAACCAUCUCAGAUAUCAUUGAAGAGGAAGUUAGGAAGACAAGUAAACUGGUGAAUAAUCUGACAAAUGUUAUUGAGGUGAAGAACAUGCAAGUAAAAGAGAUGGAAAACAAGUUCCAGGAGACUGAGAGUUCUCUAGGCAUUUUAAUUGAAGAAAAGAAUAAGCUUCAUCAAGCCUACAAUGAAGAAUUAAAGAAGCUUCAAUCUAUUGCUCGGGAGCAUUUCCAAAAGAUUCUCAGUGACCAUGAAAAGAUGAAGUCACAACUGGAAAACCAGAAAAAGGAACUUGAACUCAGGGGUAAACAACUGGAGCAACGAGAAGCUCAAAAUGAAAGUGAUAGGAAAAAGCUGUUAGAAGAGCUAGAAGAGAAUGCUGCCCAAAAUAGUUUAAUUGAUGCUGCAUCUGAGGAGCAAAGGAAAGUUGAUGCCAAAGUAUUGAAAUUGGCUGAAGAACAGAGGAAGCAAAAGGAAGAAUUGCUCAAUCGAAUUAUUCAACUGGAAAAAGAUCUGGAUACAAAACAAGCAUUGCAGCUAGAAAUUGAACGUUUGAAAGGUACAAUAAAUGUUAUGAAGCACAUGGGAGACGAAGGUGAUCUGGAAGUCUUGCAAAAGGCUGACUCGCUGAACAAGUUGUUGAGAGAAAAGGAAGGAGAACUUGAGGAUUUUGACAGGUUGAAUCAGACGCUGAUAGUUAAGGAACGGAAGAGCAAUGAAGAGCUGCAGGAUGCUCGAAAAGAAUUGAUUAAUGGCUUGAAAGAAUAUCCUAAUUCAGCACAUAUUGGUAUAAAGAGAAUGGGUGAACUCGACAAUAAACCAUUUUAUGAAGCCAUGAAGCUAAAAUAUAAACAUGAAGCAGAUGCCGAGGAAAGGGCUUCUGAACUGUGCUCAUUGUGGGAUGAGUACCUUAAAGAUCCUGAAUGGCAUCCUACAAAAGUCAUACUUGUUAAUGGGAAACAUGAGGAAUUAAUAGAUGAAGAUGAUGAAAAGCUGAACGACCUGAAAGAAAAGUACGGCCAUGAAGUUUACAAAGCCGUGACAACAGCUUUCAACGAGAUAAAUGAGUACAACGCAAGUGGGAGGUACAUUACUUCGGAAUUGUGGAACUACGCUGAAGGUAGGAAAGCUACUUUGAAGGAAGGAGUUGCGUUUCUGCUGAAGAAAUGGAAGCUGCACAUGGAAAAAAUGAGAACCCACUUUGUUAGAGGCUUAAAAGAGGUUCGACAUUUGCCAAACUGCGCCAUGAAUACAGGUGGUGGGAGGUACUACGUCAAUUUUGCAGUACAGAUUUGUCUUUUUGACAGCAUGUGCAUGUUUCCUAGGACGCUGGGGAAUUGGCCGAAAAAGAAAAAAGAGAGAGAAAAUCAAAUGGAGAAAGGCAAUGGUACUAGUGUUACUGGUAAUCCCAUGAUUGUUGAAGAACUCAAGAACGCGCGACGUUUUGCAGUGAGCCUGGCCCGAGAAGUUGAUGCCAAGAACCAAAUGUUGCUUGAAAUUCGGCGCCAGAAUGACGAGGCUUCUGCUGCUCUCUCCAGGGUCGUUGCCGAAAAACAAAAACUUCAGCAAUCUUAUGAUCAAGUGAUGAGGAAGUUGCAUCUGAAUGAAUCAGAAAUGGCAAAGAUGAGGUGCAGCUUGAACUUGCAACUGAGAAAUUUUGGGAUGCAAAACACAAGUCUGAGGCAAGAAUUGGCAAGCAUGCAGGAAGAACUAGCAACUCUAGCAAAGCAGGACAAAAAACAGAGCCAAGAUGACCUUGAACGCAUAAAUUUACUUGUGGAGAAGGACAAGCUGAAAAAUCAAGAAAUUGAAGAACUAAGCAGCAAAUUGGCUGAAAAAAUUGAUGAAGUUCAAGACAUGGAAGCUCUGAACCAAGCACUUAUUGUGAGGGAGCACAUAAGUAAUGAAGAGCUACAGGACGCUCGCAAGGAAUUAAUUAGUGUCUUGCCUACUCUUCUAGAUGGAGAAAGUAUUGGGGUUAAAAGGAUGGGAGAAAUAGAUGUUGAUCCAUUCAAAGUUGCUUGCUUACGUAAAUUCUCUGGGACAGAAUGGAAGGUGAAGUCACUGGAACUCACCUCAGCGUGGCAAGCAAGGGUUAAUGAUCCAAACUGGCAACCUUUUAAGAAGAUGCUCAAAAAUGGAAAAUGCCAGGAAGUGAUUGAUGAACAAGACAGCAAGUUGAAAGAACUGAGAAGCCAGUGGGGUGAUGGUGUAUACAAUGCAGUCGCAAAUGCAUUGUUAGAACUGAACGAGUACAAUCCAAGCGGGCGGUAUGCAGUUUCAGAGCUUUGGAACUUCAAGGAGGGCAGAAAAGCUAGUCUAAAAGAGGUGAUCCAAUGCUUAGCUCAACUGUUGAAGACUCUCAACUCCGCGAAACGGCGGAGGCGAGUGUCAACAUGAUUACCAAAUACUACAUGAUUAUGUAGGAGCUGAGAACAGGAUCCAGUAAUGUCUUCUUUUUAAGUAAUUUUCCGCUGAUCCAUUUGGACUUUGCGAAUCGCUUUUCUUAGAGGUGCAGAACUGCUGCUGACGCCUGUCUGAGCAUACAAAAAAGGAUGUCCAUUACUAGUAUAAUUUAUAAGGUAGAACCAGAACCAAUCUGUUGGUCAUGGAAGUGCAUGUCUCUGUUUAUA